GCGACUGGGCCUAGGGACCGCAGAUCCUCGCUGCCUUGUGAACAUCUUUGAGCAUCGGCAGCUCCGGAGGCCGGGGUAACUGGCGGCAGGUAGGAAACCAUGUGAAAGAAUCUUCUGAUGUCAUAAUUUCUGGGUGUCACUGGAACCUUUGGUCAUCAUUCCUUCGGCAAUUCCAGCCUUCUAUAGAAGGCCAAUAGAAGCAGUUGAUUUAUUCACCUCUGCAGGAAUCAGACUCAGCCUAUUUUGGUUUUCAGUGAAUUAUGCCUUUUCGGUUUGGGACCCAGCCAAGGAGGUUUCCAGUGGAAGGAGGAGAUUCUUCAACUGGGUUGGAACCAGAGCUGAGCUCCAGUGCUGCCUGUAAUGGGAAAGAGAUGUCACCAACCAGGCAACUGCGAAGAUGCCCUGGAAGUCAUUGCCUGACGAUAACUGAUGUUCCCAUCACUAUCUAUGCAACAAUGCGAAAGCCACCUGCACAAAGCAGCAAGGAAAUGCAUCCUAAAUAGCAUCAUUAAGUCUUUUGUAGAGGUUUGACUAGGUCAAGGGUAAUGGGCCAGUAUCAUCUGAUGAUCUGGUAAACAAAUAAAAGUGGUGGCACCUUUGGAUGAUGA